AUGACAGCUCCUGGAAGCAGCUCCCAGAACAAAAAACACAUCGUGGCAUGUGAAAAAUCUGUUGCUGAGCUCCUGUGUGACAAAGGUCAGCUUAUAUCUGUGAGCAGAGCAAAGUAUGGACGUAGUAACAACGAGACGUGCCCCUAUGACAAUAUAAAAAACAUAUCAUGCUCGGGGAGCGCAGACGAAGUUGCUCACAGCUGUAACGGGAAGAGGAACUGCUCUGUCCCGGCAACAAGCUUCAUGUUUGGAGAUCCCUGCCCUGGGACCCGCAAGUACCUGGAGGUGAAUUACACAUGUCAAGAAUCCCCCUUUGUAUUGAUCAAGGAGAACAAGAGCUGGGAAGAAGCCCUGAACUACUGCAGACGUCACCACAGAGAUCUGGCCUCCAUCCUGGACCAGGAGACUCAGGCCUUUGCUGAGCUGGAGGCUGAGAAGGCCGACAGUCCCUUCGUGUGGCUCGGCCUUCACUACAUCUGCACCCUGCAGUUCUGGUUCUGGGUUGAUAACUCUGCAAAGUGUAAACAUCGCUAUCAGGAUGGCCAAGAAGAAAACUGCAACACGAGUGGAGCCAUGAAGACACAGGGAAACCAUUCCUGGUUCAAAAAGUCUGAUUAUGAAGAGUUUAAUUUCAUCUGUUCAUUGCAGUAAGAUUUCUGACUGCCACAUUAUUUUAAUUUUAGGAUUGGUUUCUUGUCAUAACAACCAGCUAAUAAACAACAAAAAUCUCCUUUUUUGUUUUUAAUACUAUCCAACUUUAAAAUGUUUUAUAUAUUGUUGAAUUAACCACAUAAAACUGUUACUUUAGCCUCCACCUACUCCUCAAAAAAUCAAGGGGACAUUUUUUUAAUCAGAUUAUAAUAUCAAGUCAGGUAAACUUGUGCAAUAUUGUUCUGGUAAGAUCAGUAGAGGGGGUGUUGAUCAGUGUCCCCGACACCACUAGGUUACAUCUCAGACUGUGCAGGAGCUCCAGGAUAAAACCCAUCAUCUCAUUAGGAGUACGUACUGACGCUCUCAAGCACACGGGUGCAGUAAAAUCACUGAGUACCAUUUGUAAUUGCUGCAAUGACUUUUCAGCAGAUUAGACUAGCCUGCUACUUAAAUUUCCCAUUUUCACUUCAUGUGACUUCAGAUUAGGCCUCAGUGGGUUGAUAAUUAUCUUUUUAAAUCAAACUAUGAGGCAUCCUAUUGUCCCUCACACAUUAUCUAUUCUGGGCUGCACAGUGGCGCAGUGGGUAGCACUGUUGCCUUGCAGCAAGAAGGU